UGAUAUAAAGUAUCCCUGUUGUGAUUUACUCAUGAAAUUUUUAUUGUUCUUGUUUUUAUUACCAAACAGAACUGUUCCUGCCUCAACUACUGCCAAGAGAAAACCAAAGCAAUUAGAAGAAGUAAAACUCUCAAUGGUAUCAAAGACAGGCUCACCAGUGGAUGAAGAUAAAGUAGUUGAGGGCAUGUUAAGUGGAGCUAUUGAUGAAUUCUUAAAAGGAUUAAUGCCACAUUUAUCUAAGAAGGCUCAGUCCAAAGCUAAUCAAGUAUUUGAAGAUUCGGUUUCUAAAUUUAAAGAACAGCUUGUCCGAAAAGAAGGCGACGUUACUUUAGUGACACCACUGGUAUCAUCAACAAGAUCCAGAAGGAAAUGAAAUAAAAUGAUACCCUCCUCCUCCUCCUCCCCUCCUUCUCUUCAUUAUUUUCUGUUAACUUGUUCCUUGACUUUCAGUAUAACAAAUAAAUGUAAUCUAUUAUUAUUAUUAUUAUUAGUCUAUAUGCAUGUAUGUAAGCCUUUCUUGCUAUAUGUGUUGGUUGGCAUAGUAAUGUCUUUGAAGUCCUGCCACUGAGUGUGGGGACUAAUUUAAUAUAGUACACCUACUUAUAUGUACGUGUACCUGUAACAACAGCUAAUCUGGUUAUUCUUUUUCAUUAUCACAUCUGUAUAACCUA